GAGCUGCUGGAAGGGGAGCGGGAAGCCGCGGGGCGGGGCCGGGGCCGGCGGCGGCAGGUGCGGGCGCGGGGAUGCGGGUGCUGGGACAGCGCCGCUAGGCAGAGCCCGCGUGCGGGGCGCGGAGGGCCGGCGGCCGCUCCUCGGCGAGGCUGCGGCGGGGCGGGCCGGCGGAGGAGCGCCCGGCAUGUCGCAAGGGCUCCCGGCCGCCUGCAGCGUCCUUCAGAGGAGCGCCGCGACGCCACAGAGCCUCAAGCCGUCACCGUGGGCAACCUCCAACUCCUGGGCUCAAAGCCCCGAGGACGAUGACAGGAAGGUCCGGAGGAGAGAAAAAAACCGAGUUGCUGCUCAGAGAAGUCGGAAGAAGCAGACCCAGAAGGCUGACAAACUCCAUGAGGAGUAUGAGUGCCUGGAGCAAGAAAACACCGUGCUGCGGAGAGAGAUUGGGAAGCUGACGGAGGAGCUGAAGUACCUGACCGAGGCACUGAGGGAGCAUGAGAAGAUAUGCCCGCUGCUGCUCUGUCCCAUGAACUUUGUGCCUGUACCUCCUCGGCCGGACCCCGUGGCGAGCUGCCUGCCCCGAUGAAGCCCAAGGAUACUCCUCUGUCCAGCAAGGAGCCAUGGCUGAUCUAAUUCUGUUGUGUACAGGGGACCUGAGGCUGGGCCUCCUCCUGGGAGCGCUGGGGCCAGCUGUGUUCCUGCAGACUGGACACAGCACGACACCCACAGUGCCCAACUCUCAGAGCGCUUGUACAGGAAAGCUUCCCUCAGGAGUGACUUUUCAUCCCCUCUGUCUGCUAGUAGGUUCUGCUGUCGUGCAGAAUCAUGUCCUCUAGAAUUUAGAUAAUAAAGAUGAUUAUU